AUGAUGGCUAUGGAGACCCCCAACGCUUCUCAACAAACAGGUGACGCCUUGUUGGUUCCCAAAAAGUUUCCCAAAAAUUUGGAAGACGCAUUGUCACCUCCGUUGCCAAGAGCAGCCGAGUUGCUCUUUUCCAAUAGCACUGCCGAGAAGAAACUAUAUUGGGAUCGCUCGCAUUAUGAUUCUCCUGAAUCUCAAAUGAAAGCAUUGGCGUUUUCUUCAACGUUGUAUAUUGGAAACCUUGCUUUCUUGACUCGUUCCGCACACAUCCGUUCUCAUUUUGGGCAAAUCGGACCGGUCAAGAGCGUCCAAAUGGGCUUGGAUCGCUUCCUCAAGACUCCCUGUGGCUUUUGCUUCGUCGAAUAUUACGAUCGUAGGGAUGCUCUUCAGGCUGUAGCCAAUUUGAGUGGGACUAAAUUGGAUGGACGAGUCAUUCGUGUGGAAUUGGAUGCCGGUUUUCAACCGGGACGUCAAUACGGUCGGGGUGUCAGUGGUGGACAAGUCCGUGACGAUCGUCGCAAUAAAUCUGAUCCAGCCCGAUCAAAGCGACAAAAGCUCAACUGGACGCCGCCGCCCUCCGUCACCAAUGAUUCGCAGAAGGAUAGCUCUUACUAUGGUGGGAAUGCAGGGGAAACGACAGAACAAGGUGAGAAUACGAUGGACGAUCAUGGAGACAAGAAUCCUCGAUUCCGCGAAGACUAG